CCUUAGGCCCCGCCCCCCGCCCCCGCGCCGCCGUGGUAGAGGCUGGGCUGGGGACUCAGCGACAUCCGGCUCCGCCCCCUCUCCCCGCGCCGUUGGUACAUCCCGGGAUCGCCCGGCAGCCGGCGCAGGAGUCGGUGUAGCCGAGGGCCCCCCCCGCGUCCGGCGGAGUGGUAGAGGCCGCACUCGCCCCUGUCGGUCGGCGCCGCCGUUGCCUCGGUCGCAGCUCGCUGCCGCCUCCGGCCGCCCCCGCGCUCCUGCCGGCAGUGUAUGAGUGAUCUAUAACCCUCGGCCCGCCAUGUCCACUCCGGCCCGUAGGCGCCUCAUGCGGGAUUUCAAGAGGCUGCAGGAGGAUCCCCCGGCCGGGGUGAGCGGGGCCCCCUCCGAGAACAACAUCAUGGUGUGGAACGCCGUCAUCUUCGGGCCCGAGGGGACCCCUUUCGAGGACGGAACUUUCAAACUUACAAUAGAAUUCACGGAAGAAUAUCCGAAUAAGCCACCUACUGUUAGAUUUGUCUCUAAGAUGUUUCAUCCAAAUGUCUAUGCAGAUGGUAGUAUAUGUCUGGAUAUCCUUCAGAAUCGUUGGAGCCCCACUUACGAUGUCUCCUCCAUCUUAACAUCCAUACAGUCUCUAUUGGAUGAGCCGAACCCCAACAGCCCAGCAAACAGCCAGGCAGCUCAGCUAUACCAAGAGAAUAAGCGGGAAUAUGAAAAACGGGUUUCUGCAAUAGUAGAACAGAGCUGGCGUGACUGUUGACCCAGGAUGAUGCAAAUGAACACUCUGUUGAUGAGGAAAAUAAACAAAGUGUCCAAGUCAUCUUUUUCCUCCUAGCAUUUCCUUUGAAAGCAGAAUAGCUGUUGUGCUGUUGCCACCCUCCCUUGCUGAAGCUUCUUCUCCUUGGACGUCCGAAAGCGCCCACUUUGAAGUCAAGUGUUCUGUACUUGGGUUACUUGCAAAAGAGUUACUGAUGCCGAAUCCAUUUCCUGUGGUCCCUCUCCAGUCUUAGGGCAGUAUUGUGCAUUUCCGUAGUGUACACUAAGCUUUUAAUUGUAAUUGUGUUAUACACAGUGAUGCUUAUGUGUAGCUUGAUAAAAGGGAUGUUUCUGUACACACACAUUUUUUAACUGGUAUGAGCUAGUGUGCUGAUGAGUCCAGGCUGGUCAUGUACCUCUGUUAUUGGUUUAGACCCCACUGCAUUUUGUACCGAGUGAAGAAAUAGCCUCUCGUUUCCCUUUUUUGUGUUGGUUUAUCAGCUCCUUAAUCAUGGAAGAAAACAAACUAAACCAACAACUCUUCAACUGAUUCCAAUUCAAAUACUUAGUGACUGUGGAAUGCAAGUUACUGCUGCACUGGACAUGCAAGACUUGUGUACAGAUCUACACAAACCCCUGCAGUUGUGGUACUUUGGCCUUUGCUUAGGGUGAGAAACAACCCCUCACUUUUUUUUAAGUUUCUUUUAAAGGACAUGCUUGCAGACACUGCUUCAGUGGGUGGCUACAGACCUGUCACUGAGGCACUGCUGGACAAAACCAGGUGGAGCUGUGGUGCUCCCAGCAAAAGACCUUUUGCAUUAAGGAUGAGGUAAAACCUGAAGGGUUACAUGGCUGGUUACUCUCCUUCAGUGUCAUUCUCCCACCAGUUAUCUUUCACUGAGAAAGUCUUUUGGAGCCAACUUUGCUUUGUGGAAAGUUUGAAUCAAGCAGGGGGCAGGCACUUGCAUCUGCAGGUUCUGCUCUUGGGUUUGUGUGAGCUACUGCUGCAUGCUUGAGUUCAUUGCCCUUCAGUUUUAUGAAAGUAUUUUUUCAACUCUGGAAAAAAAAAACCAAACCCUCAAAUCUUUGUAAGUCCAGACGCACUUUUUUUUGGUAAGGCUCAGUCUGUACCUUUGGAUACAGGACUUUCAGCAGCAGCGUGGGAUGAGACCUACAAUCGUGUUGUCCACUGUUCCAGUGUCCUUUGUGUGCACAUUGGUCUGUUAGUUGAGAAGUUUAACUUUGCACAAGUAACCCAUGUAAGAAACUGUACAUUUUUCAGAAGUUGUAAAUAAAGUGUAACCUUAGUGCUUAUUGUAUAAA